AUGAGAUAUGCGCCAGAAGUCAAGAAAUCCCCACCACACCUCCUGAAGAAAUUUGCAGUGUGCGACAUUCCUCUGUAUGACAUCUGUGACUACAACGUCUCCAGGGACCGCUGCAAGGACCUCGGGUGCUGCUUCUACAAGGGCGUCUGCUAUGAGAAGGCAGUUCCGAUGUAUGUGCAGGUGUUCUCCGUCUUGAUCGUGGUCAUCGCUGUCGCCUUCAUCAUGGCUGUUAUUUACAGGGUUGUUCAAGAGAUUCGGAGAGUGAAGGAGGGCGGCGCAGAGGGCACGGGCACCGAAGGUGGCGGUGGCGGCGGCGGCGACGAUGAGGCCCAAGGCGGAGAGACGUCCUCGAGGGCCGGCAGCGAGACCUCCAAGAAGAGCGGGGAGAACGAAGAAGGAACAAUGACACUCUCAGAAGCUGAAGAAGCUGAAGCAGUUGAAGAGUGA